UCUCACGCCGGUGAACGUAGGAAGAAGAGCUCGCCUGCUCAGGGAAGCCGCCGGCAAUCGACGAUGGCUGCAACAGCGGGUGUUGACAGCGUCCUGCAGGAGUGCCAGCAGAGGCAGCGCCCCGACGGCACUGCGGCCGUGCUGGCCAUCGGCACGGCCAACCCUGCGAACUGCCUGCACCAGGACGAAUACCCCGACUGGUACUUCCGCGUCACCAAGAGCGACCACCUCACCACGCUCAAGAACAAAAUGAAGAGAAUAUGUGAGAAAUCCGGCGUCAGGAAGCGUUACUUCCACUGUACCGAGGAGAUGCUCGCCGGCCACCCGGAGUUCCUGGACCCCGCUCUGCCGUCGCUCGACGCACGUCUGGCCAUCACGGCGGACGCCGUUCCCGAGCUCGCCGCGGCGGCCGCGGCGAGGGCGAUCGCGGAGUGGGGACGUCCGGCCGCCGACAUCACGCACCUCGUGCUGAGCACCAGUUCCAGCGCCCAGUCGCCGGGCCCCGACCUCCGGCUGGCCGAUCUCCUGGGUCUCCGCCCAACCGUGCGGCGCACGCUGCUCUUCUUCCACGCCUGCUUCGGCGGCUCCAGCGCGCUCCGGGUCGCCAAGGACAUCGCCGAGAGCCACCGCGGCGCGCGCGUGCUGGUCGCCGUCUGCGAGGUCAACUCGCUGCUAUCCUUCGGGCCCCCGCAGGAGGCCCGCCUGGACGGCCUCGUCGCCGCGGCUCUAUUCGGCGACGGUGCUGGCGCCGUCAUUGUAGGCGCCGCCGACGACGACCAGGCGGAACCCGUUGAGUGCCCCAUCUUCUACAUGAUGUCCGCCUCGCAGGCAACGUUACCAGGGACGGAGGACGCCUUGUCUAUGCAGCUCGGCGAUGCUGGCUACGACAUCGGCUUGUCCGCCAAGGCGCCAGCGCUCGUCCGUGACCACAUCGAGGCGUGCUUGGCGAACAUGGUGGCGCCGCUGGGCCUCACCAGCGGCGGCUGCGGCGGCUGGAACAGCCUCUUCUGGGCUGUACAUCCCGGCGGCCGGGCAAUCUUGGACAGCUGCGAGGCGGCGCUCGCCCUGGAGCCCGGGAAGCUGGCGGCCUCCCGGCACGUUCUGAGCGAGUACGGGAACGUGUAUGGCGCGUCGAUCGUCUUCGUUCUGGACGAGAUACAGCGGCGCCGCCGCCGAAAUGGUGACCAGACGGAACGCGACGACAUGCUUGACUGCGAGUGGGGCGUCAUGCUGGGGGUCGGCCCGGGGGUCACCGUCGAGACGAUGGUGUUGCUGCAUGCUGCCGGCAAGCAAGAUGAAUACUAGGCUCAUCAGUCAUCAGAGAGGUUGCAGGGGAAACAUAAAAACGAAUAAGGAUAUCAAAAAAUCGUAUGCACGGUUCGUCAAACAACUGUUGCAGCAAAUAUCUAAAACGAAAAAAAAUAGGCAUAGACGAAGGUUUAGUCUCUGCCAUAUGUGCAUCCUGUCAGGCAACGGCAAUGUCCAUUAUUCAGUUUCGUUAGUAAGGUUCCGUGCUUCACUGCUUCUGGGACCGGUAAGGGAAAUCUUCAGGAGACUGAAUGAGUGAUCGACUUCAGCUAUAUAUCAGCGUUCAUUUUGCAUCUGACGGUCGUCAUUGAAUAAAGGCGUUGCUUCGCGCCUAGUUCAGUUGCCGAACGUUUAAAAAAAAGUUCAGUUGCCGAACAGUUAACAGUGUCAUUUACUUUAAAGCUGCUUGCUUAAUGUAUCUUACCCAGCCAUUGCUAUAGGCUUCGGGUCUAUGCUGUAAUAUUCAUUCCGACAUGAACUCUUAAACCCUAGGUAGGAAUAGA